AUGGCUGAUAAGCUUGGAAAAAUGAAGAUUAUCUGUGUAGACCCCGCGUAUGUGGGAAAGCUCAUUUUGACUAAAAAGAAGAACAGUAGCAGAUAUGAGGACAUCACAUCUAACUAUAAAUACCCAGAAGGAAGUCUUAAGGAGAGAGAGGCCAUGCAGAUGGCAGAGCGUCGUGGAGUUUCUUCCAGGGACUACAUGCCACUCGCUGAAGCAGGUGUGACCAUCGAGCUCCAGGCUGACACCAUCAAAAUGGGUGAAAACCUCAAGCUCACUCUGAACAUUAAGAACCAGACCAGCCAAACCUGCAUCAUCAGCGCCAUCAUCACUGGCUGUGUGGUGUAUUACACAGGCGUCACUAGCACAACUUUUAAGUUCGAAAACAAAUCUGCAACCGUGGAAGCCUCGACGACUGAGUCCCUGACAAUAGAUGUCAAAGCUUUUGAGUACAUGCCCUACCUUGUGGAACAGUCCAACCUGCUCUUCGUGGUGUAUGGGCAAGUUGAGGAAAGUGAGACUUCCCUUUCCACAAUGAGAGUUGUCAAUCUUCAUCCUCCUGAACUCGCAAUAAAG